UUGAGAGGCUGAGACACUUAUAUAUCAUGCACCCUUCCUGCAAGGCUAGGACAUCCUUCUGUUUGUUGCCUGACUGCACUUGCAUCCUUCAGCGGUUGCCUUCUUUCAAGCUCGUUCUGCUAGCAAAAUGUCUCAAGCUCCUACAGAUGCAUCUUCGCCUGAUCGUACCGAGGACCAAACACAUCAAAACGGCCAUGUCAUUCGUCCUGAUUCGAACUGGAACUACCAAUGCCCGACGUGUCUGAAAUCCUUUCCCUGCCCCGAGCCAUAUCAACAUCACGCACUCCAGCAUGACGACGCUAUCCAGCGUAUUUAUGUUGGAUCGAAGCAUUUGGACUCCUUGAAACGAAUGGUCACUGCCUUUCAUCGUGUUUAUUGCCAUCGCGGCACCCACUUUGUUCGAGUAACAGUCUCGAAUUCCUUGGGAUCCAUCUCUACGAUACGGCAGAUAGACGAAGAAGAGGAGUUGACCUUUGAAGAAUUUCUUAAAGAAGAUUUUAUUUCUACGGAAAUAUACGAAGAAGCAGUGAAAAAAAUGAAGGAGCUUGAUGCGCGAUGUUGCAGGCCAAUGCCUAGUCUACCCACGCUGAGUUCUAAAACAUGGGUAAAUUGGCUGAGAUCAUGCUUUGCAUGUAUUCCAACCUUGAGACGGCCUAGAUCUCGUCGUUGGUCAAGCAUAUCGAACACGAAAUCGACCUCUCGCUAUCCGUCGAAAGAAGACCUCACUACCAAUAACGGACAUGAACCAACUGCUAAUGAUCCAAUGUCAACAACAAAUACUGUUCUUCCUGAAAACAUCACUGCAGUUAUCGCUGUAGAUUCAUUCUAUUCAACUUCUGAAGGUGUUCGCGGGUACGGAGUAGCUGUCGCCACCCGGUCAGAUACUAUAAUCCUCCUACAGGGAGUGGGUCUCGGCGAGCUUCUCCUACAUACGCGCAUCACAAACCAAUUACGAGGUAUUGUUGGUGACUAUGUCUACAAGGAGUUGUUGGAGUAUGAAAAGAAGCGCAUGGAUAUCUCGAGACCUGUUUAUCGGGGCAUUCUACCAGAUGGGUUGCCGAUUGGAGCAGGCGAAGAAACUCGAUUGGAAGACUGCCUUCCAGUGCUUAAAGCGCAUGUUUACUCUGUUCUUGACUUAUAGGUCAUCUUGUAAUACACUCUUCUGUUUUUUAGUAUUACAGCGUAACUUUUUGUUAGCAUCGUGUCUAUGCUAUCAUAUGUGGGUAUCCUCCUAUCGUACAAGAAAGGUUAUUAUCUAUAUCGCUGCAAGCCUAUCAUGCUUGCCAUACAAUUCAAC